AUGACCACCCCUCUGCGGACAGGCGAGACAAACAUCACACACAAGAUACGAGUCGAGGAGCUUGCGGACGCCGAGGCAGCGGCAAGCAAGAUCAACUCUUUCGUUGCGAUCAACGCUGCUGCUGGAUUAUCGCCGUGCGUUAUCGGUCUUUUGAACUGCGGGCCGGAAGAAGAUCUGGAGAUGGAUGUGGAAGUCAGGGCACUCCUGUUUGUUGAAUGCUGGAAGGACGGCUAUGACGGUGUGGAGCCGUUCGACAUUCAAAGUCUGACGGAGCAGCUGAAACACUCGGACUCAUCCUUCAAUCUACUCAGCUACGGGUCCUCUUACUGGGUCAGCGAAUAG